ACCCUAAAAUGGAAAGGAAGCCGGGUAUCGUCAAUAUAGUCGUCAUGGCAGAUGGCAUUCCUGUGUCAUAGCAACCAAAAACAAGUAAACUAGUUCCCCAGAGGAAAAACUGCGCGGCACGGCACAGACGAAAUGCACAAAUUUAAGAGAAAGGUUUACCGCAAAUAUGAAGAUUUCAUACGCCCUCAGACCCACAAGGAGCCAGAUGCCCCGAAGCCCAUAAAUCUGUCAAUUGAUGACUUCAAUGCGCGCGGCGAAAUUGCCAAUCCCCGAGCUCCAUGCGUGGUGACCACCAUCGAUCCAGACUACAUAACCGACGCCAGUGCGCAGCGAUUGGCCAAAAAGUUCCGCAUGAAAACAGAUGUUUUACUGCUGCGUGACAUCACGCGGAACCGAUUCAUGUACUAUGCCACGCAGGAGAUGUUCCUAGACAGGAAACGCGAGAAGGAGCACCAGGACAGGCUGUACGAGAAGGCGGACAACUUUCACAAGUUUGCUGAAGAAUCGCUCAAAAAAAUGGAGGCGGAGGAGUUUAAGAAAAUGCUGCAGGCCCAACAGAAGCUGAAGAUGCUGAAGGAGAACAAGGUGGCCGACGAGCUUAACGAGGUGAAGCUCGAACACCAACGUGUGCUAAUGGAGGUACAGGAAGUCUACGGUCGCUUCCAGUACCUUCUCAAGCUAAUCAGCUACUUCGACGACACGGUGGAUGAGCUGGCAGAGGAAGGUCCGGAAAGGGAUAGGCUGACCAUGCCCAAGGAGAUCGUCUGCAUGGAGAUCAGCGAGCGACAUCCAGCCGGCCUGGAACAGGUGCAGCAAGUGCAGAGCUAUAUGGAGAAAGUGGUCAGACCUUACCUCGCCAAGCGGAAUCACUUGGAUGCGGACGUUUGGAUUCGGGGCUACGAAAGGAACCGGCUAAAGGUCUCCAACUACAACAGACGCUUCACCCAGCUGGCCCUGCUCAACCACAUCGUGAGCAUACUCCACGACAAAGCCCAAAAAACAUUCGAGCGCAAGGUGACGGCCAACGUUUUUCUAAAGGACCCAGAGUUCCUGCAGCGUCGUGUGGCUGGUCUGCAGCAGCGCGCCACCGAGUUGUUGAGCGUCUACGAGCAAAGCUACUGCAAAGACAAGCUGAACAUAAAGCUUAACAGCAUUGUGCCUGUAAUCCUGAGGCACAUACAGAACAAAGUGCAGCCCGAACAGAAAAAGGAGGAGCCGAUGCUGGCGCUGAAGCCCGCACAGAAAUCGUCGAGGCAAUGGCGCACUAUGGAAGACAUGCAGGCUCCUCUGGCAGCCGCCCAGUCAACGUACGAGGAUGAACAGGACACGACCCUGGCCAAGGUGGAGAAGAUCCAAUCCUACGUUAUGGAGCUACUGUCCCAGCUGGACCGCCUUGAGCCGAGUAAGCUCCGAAGCGUGGAGCAGCAAGUUCGACGCCGCAUGGCUGCGGAGAAGGAAAUGUCGAGACGGGCACUGGUCAAGCAGAACCGCCUACACAACUGGAUGGAGCACUUUAAGAAGCAUCAUCGCUUGCAACUGCAGCAGCGACGCAAGAACAAGCUCUAACUCACUCACUAACUCACUCGAUUUCAAUAUACAUAU